AUGUUCGCCGCCCCCGACCGCGCGUUCGCGCCCUCGCGCGCCGCGAUCGCGGUGAAACUCACGCGCGGGCGACGGGCGCCCGUGACGCGCGCGCGCUUGGACGCGGGCGUCGGCGCGUUCGGGAGCAAGGCUGGGAUGACGCACGUGUUCACCCCCGAGGGCUUGUGCGUCCCGGUGACCGUGAUCGCGGUGCGCGAAGGGAACGUCGUGACGCAGGUGAAGACGGAGGCGACGGACGGAUACAACGCCGUGCAAGUCGGCUACGACGCCGUGAAGGAACGCCAACUCACCAAGCCGGAGGCUGGCCACUGCAAAAAGGCGGGCGCGCCCGCGCUCAGGCACUUGGAGGAAUUCCGCCUUCGCGACGCCCCCGAAUACGAAGUCGGCGCCAAGAUUAACGUGUCCGAAUUGUUCAAGGAGGGUGAUAAGGUUGACGUCCGCGGUCGAUCGAUCGGUAAGGGCUUCCAAGGCGCGGUGAAACGAUAUGGGUUCUCCCGCGGUUUGAUGACGCACGGUUCGAAGUCGCACCGCCAACACGGUUCCAUCGGCUCCGGUACCAACCCGGGUCGCAUUUACCCGGGGAAGCGCAUGCACGGUCACAUGGGCGACGAAAUGGUGACCAUCAAGGGUUUGACGGUCAUGUCCGUCGAGGACGACUGCAUCAUCGUCAAAGGGAACGUUCCGGGCAAGUCUGGCGCGCUUUGCAAGGUGACGCCCAACAAGAAGGUCGGCGACGCCAAGUGGGAACCGCGCUUCGCCUAG